AUGGCAUCGCUCAAUGAAAUGUAUGACCAACUUUUGUGAGUGUGAUAUCCAGAGACCAAUAUGUCUUGUUUUAUUUUUAGCAUCGAAUUUCUGACCAGAAAAUGCACGACUUCUGGUGAUCACAUUUUCAGAAAGUUUCAGCAAUCACCCGCUUGUUUCAGACGAGUGCUCCACCAAGUACGAGGAGGCGGAAACUGGCUGUCUUAAUCAUAACGUCUAUCAAGAUCAUAAAAAAGCCUGCCUUCAGGGAUUGACCAACGCUAAACCAAAAGUUUGCAAGAAAUCUCGAAUCGGUGGUUCGUUCUUUUUUGGUGAUUCUGAUGUCAGUCAAUCUUUCACGUCAGGAGCUUUCUGCGGUGGAUUCGGCGGCUCGGGGAAUAGUACCUCAGGGAAUGCGACUACUGUUGCCGACAAAAGUACUACCGAAUCAGCCGGCAGCAUUGGAAUCAUCGUCGCCGUCGUCAUCGGAAUCGUUCUCAUUUUUAUCGUAGUUUCGGCUAUUGUUUUCUUCAAAAAACGUCAACGCAACAAGAAGCCGGAUCUGGAGAUCGGAAAGUCUGGAAUGACGGCUGUCCCCUCAAAGACACCCGCUACGAGUCGGACCACGACAACGGGGAAGAAGGGCGGAAAGAACAAUAAGACUAGCACGACGACCACUGCAACCGGACAUUGA